AUGCACAGAACCAUGCUCGCGGUGUGCGCUUGCAUAUGCCCGAGACAGGCCGCGGGCGUCGCUGUGGGCAGACGCCCGCCAGAGGAGCCAAACCCCGGAUCUCGGCAUGUCGGGCGAUUGGACGGGCAGUUCCGCUCGGGAGGGGGUGCGCAGGGUCGGGUAUUCUUAGCACAAAACAAUUUAUUUAAAAGCCUAAAAUGUAGUGUAAGCGAAUAUAAAAGCAAAAGCUUCGAAUGCGAUCCCUAUUAUUUUUCUAGCAAAUUUAUACACUGCGUUUUGCAAGGGCCGAUUCCAGCUGCCGAUGGUUUGUCGAGCGAGAUCUAGGAAAGUGUCUCCACUUUUACCUUUUUUGGUGUAUUGUUGAUUUUUUGGGCAGCCUCUGUCCUUUC